CUCAGUCAGUUGAGGGCGACAGAGUGAGGCGAGUUUCUCCCAUGUCCCACAUCUCGUUCUUUCACUUUUAACGCUUCUUUGGCUUCAGGCAUCCACUCGCGAGCUUCUUGUCUGUUUAAAAAUGAUGUCUUCACCAAAAUGGACUUAUCGUUUUUUCCUGCAGUGUUAAAGAACGCGUCCUUUCUGAUGGAGUCCCAUGCACCGUGUCUAGUGAAGGAAAACUGUCGCUUCUGCACUCGGGAGGAAGUACGAGCUGUAGUCAGAUACUAGCGCUCUUCUAGACUUUUCCGUUAACUUGAGACCCUCGUACAGAGCUUAAGGAUAUUCGGGCAUGGAAAUGCUUCCCACAAAGCUGUCAUGUCUUGGCUGUAGUAAACCUUUUCAAAAAAGAAUGAAGUAACCCGCAAUGGAGCCGGAAAAUGCCCCGCACUCCAAACUCAGACAGGCUGGAGUCGGGGGUUCCAGGAACAAUUAUGGAAUUGCAGUCAAAGUGACUGGAAUAAGACUUGCUUGGGGCUGACAGAUGAUUCUGCUUUGGGUUAGAAUGAGAAUCUUAUUUCUCUGCACGGUCCUUUACUGUACUUGCUAUCUAGGGUUGGCCCAAGUACAGCCUGAAGAUGUGGAUAUCCUCCAAAAGCUGGGCCUGGUGGGAAAAAGACCUUCAUCAGGGACACGAUCCUCUCUGUCUGGCGUCAUUUUCUUCAAGUCCGGAGUUAUCCUCACACAGCGAGUGCGGAUCGAAGUACCUGUGACCUCUGUGGUGCCAGUCCCGCUGAGCACGGAGUUUUCUUUGAUCUUCAGCAUCUGCUCACACCGUAUCAAUAAUGCUUUCCUCUUCACCGUUUUGUCAAAGAGGAAGAGACUUCAGCUAGGGGUGCAAUUCAUCCCUGGCAAAAUUGUAGUCUACGUUGGCCAAAAGAAUUCUGUAUAUUUUGAUUAUGACAUUCAUAAUGGCCAGUGGCACAACCUGGCUUUGGGCAUCCAAACCCAAAGGGUCACUUUAUAUACUUCUUGUGGGAAGACAAGUGUACAUGCAAAUUUGCAUUUUAAAAAUGAGGAAACUCUGGAUCCAGAAGGCUCCUUUCUUUUAGGUAAAAUGAGCCAGAACUCGGUACAGUUUGAAGGAGCAAUCUGCCAGUUUGACAUACAUCCUUCUGCCAAGGCAGCUCACAACUAUUGUAAGUACAUUAAAAAACAAUGCAGGGAAGCUGACACCUAUCGAACAAACCUACCACCACUUUUACCGCUGCUACACCUGGAUCCCAAUAUCUCCGUAACUCUGCGGACCCCGAUGACUGAACUAAGCAAUAAAGGUUUUACUCCCAGCAUGUCACAGGAUAAAACAAGGAUUAAUGCUGAAAUCUCAGGAGGAACUAACAUGUCCACUCAAAUAACAUCUCAGUAUGGGUCCUUGUCUCUGUCUGUGCAUGGAACCGUGCCUCCGAGGUUGUCCAGACCAACUCUGCAGAUUCCCACACAGGCCAAAACACCAACUGUUACCCCCCUCCUGAAGACCAGGGCACCUCCAACAUUUCCCAAGCCCACCCAGCAGAGCAGUCCUAAAAAGGUGAAAACUAUAAAACCAAAAGAUAUCUACAUGCCUGGGACAGCAAAACCAAUUAGAAAUAAGUUUGAAAGUGUUCAACCUUCAGCAGCAACCAAAUCUUCCAGCAUUUUGCCCGGCUUAAAAAGGCAGCUGACUACUAUAGCGGUGAAGAGAUCCGUUCCAGAGGUGACCACUUUACUCUACUCCAAGCCCAACCCUUUUAUACCUGUCACCCCAGCAGCCACAGAUGGUCUUCAAACCUUUGACAUGGAACCAACACAGUUUUCCCUCUUGGCAGGACCUCCGGGACUAAAAGGAGAGCCAGGACCACCGGGACCUCUAGGGGACCCUGGGAAGCCAGGAUUACCAGGGAAAAGAGGGCCUCGGGGUCCUCCAGGUCCACAUGGAAACCCAGGACGCCCGGGGAUGAAAGGACUCAAGGGAGGAAAGGGGGACCCUGGUCUCUCCCCUGGCAGAGCGCCAAAUGGAGCAAAAGGGGACCCUGGGAUAAUUGGACCACCUGGACUACCUGGACAAAUAGGUCGAAAUGGACAGAAAGGUCAUCCUGGUCCUCCUGGCCAUCCCGGAGAGCCUGGGGAUCAAGGGCCAGAUGGAAACCCGGGUGCCAAAGGUUAUCCUGGCAGGCAGGGGUUGCCUGGGCCAAUAGGAAAUUCAGGACCCAAAGGAGUUCGGGGCUUCAUUGGAAUCCCAGGGCUCUUUGGUCUCCCAGGACCUGAUGGAGAAAGAGGUAUUCCUGGUGUUCAUGGGAAGAAGGGCAAGAUGGGUAGGCCGGGAUUUACUGGGGAUUUUGGCGAGCGAGGACCACCAGGGCCUGACGGAAAUCCAGGAGAACUGGGUCCAACUGGUCCUAGCGGAGUACUUGGCCUUAUUGGGGACAUGGGACCUCUUGGAAUCAUGGGUCUUCCAGGCCCUAUUGGACCCAAGGGGGUAUCAGGGAAUCCAGGAGAGCCAGGACUGAAAGGUGAUAAGGGAGAAAUUGGUUUGCCAGGAGAGCCUGGAGAGCCUGGAUUCCAAGGUGACAAGGGAAUUCAGGGUUUGCCAGGAGUGCCAGGCAUCCGAGGGAAGCCAGGGCCACAGGGAAAACCUGGAGAUCAUGGACCGGAUGGUUUGCCUGGCCCUCCAGGCCCAGAGGGAUUUCCAGGUGAUAUGGGACCACCAGGACAGAAUGGCGCAGAAGGCCCAAAGGGGAAGUCAGGAUUGAGGGGCAUACCUGGUCCAAGAGGAGCAGCUGGACUUGAGGGUGAUGAAGGACCACUUGGACCAGCCGGGCCUCCAGGACUGGAGGGUAGGCCUGGGAGAAAGGGAUUCUCAGGAAAACCAGGAGCAGAUGGACCCCAGGGCGAGCCAGGGAUAACUGGAAAUGUUGGGAUGCUUGGUGACAGGGGAAUUGAGGGUUUUAAAGGGCCUCCUGGUGAGACUGGCCUUCCUGGAGAGAAGGGAGAUCGGGGAGAGACUGGUCAGCCAGGGCCACCUGGAGAAAAUGGAGCGAUGGGACACACAGGAACACCAGGUGAGAGAGGACCACCUGGACCUCCAGGAACGCCUGGCUCACCUGGUUCUAGAGGUCUCAGUGGCACCAGAGGACCCAAAGGCAGAAGGGGGCCAAAUGGGCCUGAAGGACCACAUGGGGAGAACGGGUCAGUUGGCCGCAAGGGUCUGGAUGGACCACCAGGGAAAUUGGGUUUAACGGGCCAGAAGGGAAAAAUUGGUGAACCAGGGGAAGCUGGACCACCAGGAUUCCCAGGGAUCCAAGGACCCUCUGGAACAGCAGGAGCAAAAGGAAUCCCAGGACUGCCUGGACCUACAGGACCACGAGGAACAAUAGGCCCUUUGGGAGAGAUUGGCUUGAUGGGCCCACCAGGAAAAGUGGGAGAUGUGGGCUUACCUGGAGAACCGGGAGAGAAGGGAGCUUUUGGGCCUCCUGGGAACAUCGGUGAACCAGGCUUGAUUGGAAUAAGAGGCGAGCAUGGGCUCAUCGGAGAAGCCGGGCAGAGUGGCCCUGAUGGAGCUAAGGGCGAAAAGGGGGACAUGGGGCUAGAGGGCGAGCAAGGAGAAAAAGGAGAGUUGGGACUGAAAGGAAAGGAGGGGCCACCUGGAAAUCCUGGCCUAGUUGGCAUCAGGGGUCCUGAAGGUAAACCUGGCAAAAAUGGUGAAAAGGGAAAACCAGGCGAGAAGGGUAGCAAAGGUCAGGAGGGUCACCUGGGUGAAUCUGGAUCAGUUGGUGAGUGGGGUCCUAUGGGAUUCCCUGGGCCAAAGGGAAACAGAGGAACCGUCGGAUUUGCGGGUGCACCAGGAAGAAUGGGCUUACAAGGAAGUCCAGGCCUGCAGGGAUAUGAAGGUCACCAGGGACCUCAGGGUUCAAUUGGCCUUCCAGGACCAAAAGGUGCAAAGGGUGAACCAGGAGAUGAUGGGAAGAUUGAAGGCCCUGCUGGUCCUCCAGGUGACAUCGGUCCUGUUGGUCCAAGAGGAGCCAGAGGAGAACCUGGUGACACUGGCUACCCUGGUCAGCAAGGUGUGGAUGGAGAAAGGGGUAAAGCUGGAGCUCCUGGAUUACCUGGAAACGCUGGUCCAAGAGGCAUUGUGGGACCCAAAGGAUCCAAAGGCGACAGAGGACCAAAAGGCAAAAAGGGUGCUCGAAGUGCAACAGGCAACAGAGGGUCUCCUGGUCCUGUUGGUCCCCUUGGUCCCAGAGGGGUUGUCGGGCGAGAGGGGCCUGAGGGAAGUCCUGGCAUGGAUGGAGCGCCAGGAAAAGAUGGACCUAAAGGAAUGCCAGGAGAGCAGGGAAGUGAUGGAGAAGUGGGUUUAUCUGGAAAGCCUGGGCCGCAUGGUCAAACAGGGCAACCUGGUUUACAAGGGCCUCAAGGUUCCUUUGGACCAAAGGGUGAAAGAGGCCUACCUGGUGAGAUCGGACCUAUUGGCAAGCGUGGAAUGCCUGGAACCAUGGGGGUGCAAGGGAAACAAGGCAACCAUGGAAUUAAUGGCCAAUCUGGCGAUCCCGGUGAGCGGGGAUUGACUGGCGCUCUUGGAAACUUUGGACCUAAGGGUCCACCUGGUGAUAUUGGUCCUGCUGGUGUCCGGGGACCACGAGGACCCCAGGGUUUGAUGGGAUCGAGAGGUGCCAUUGGACCAAUCGGGAUCAUUGGACCCAGCGGUUAUCCAGGACCUCAGGGGGACAAAGGAAGUCGAGGGGAAAUGGGUGUACCAGGACCAAGGGGCCCUCCAGGUCCUCAUGGCCCUCCAGGACCCCCCGGUCCAUCAGUUUCUUCUCUGUCUCUUAAGAACGAGGCACUUGGCGCUGCAUUUCAAGUCAUAUUUGAUUCCUACUCUGCACUGAGAUCUGAGACAUACUCAGACAUAGACAUCCCCAUGCUGGACCAGGGAACCGAGAUCUUUAAGACCCUUCACUACCUCAGUAACCUGAUCUACAGCAUCAAGAACCCACUGGGAACGCAGGAGAACCCUGCCAGGAUGUGCCGGGACCUGCUGGACUGUGAGCACCAAGUGAACGAUGGCACUUAUUGGAUUGACCCAAACCUGGGCUGCUCCUCUGACACAAUUGAAGUCACGUGUAAUUUCACAGGCGGAGGUCAGACCUGCCUCAGGCCGCUCACUACAUCCAAGUUGGUGAUGGGUGUAGGAGUGAUCCAGAUGAACUUCAUUCACCUGCUGAGCUCAGAGGCAGUACAGCUUCUCACCAUCCACUGCCUGAACAUAUCAGUGUGGGCAAAAGAGGCAGCCAGACCUCCAUCCCACAAUGCUGUGCGCUUCAAGGCCUGGAACGGAGAUAUACUCUCAGCCAGAGGACUCCUUCAGCCUGAACUGCUAAAGGACGAGUGUUGGAUGACAGACGGUCGGUGGCAUCAAACCCAGUUCCUUUUCCAGACACAGGAGCCCGACCUGUUGCCUAUAGUAGAUGUACUGAAUCUCCCGGACAAAAAAACAGGCUUCAAUUAUCACCUGGAGGUAGGACCUGUGUGCUUCAUAUAGAGCACAGGAGGAAAGGAGAGAGGAGCAGAACUAUAGCUUUGUGCUCUGAGAUGUUUGGGCUCUCGCUGCUCAGACCUGCACUGCAGACUCAGUAUGCAGGAAAAUGAGAUAUAGAGCAUCUCGAACGUAAACAAGCCUUCUCAAGCUGGAGGAUUAAUGGACAAAAUGCUCUUUUUUUUAUGGACUACUUUUUCUCUUCAGCCGUUUUUAAAAGAAGACUUUAAUAAACUUUGAGCAGUCAGACUCAAGCUGCCAAAAGAGUUAAUUUAUUCACACAUUUGUGCUUUACGCACAAGAUAUCCUGUUACAGUUGAGUGCCGACGUUCAACACGUAUUUGCAUUUACAGUACUUAUUUUGUAUCUUUUUUUUUUUACACAUGAACAUAUGUAUUUAUAUGUGUAUGUAUAUUUUUUUGUAAAGUGCAAUGAGAGAGAUUUUGUUGUAUAAAGGUGAAUCCUAUAUUUGGCUGUUUAAGUGAAUUAAGGUUUACUGUCACUCAUAUUGACUUUUCUUCAGGUUCGGUGCAUAAGUGUGUGUGUGUGUGUGUGUGUGUGUUUGUGUGUGUGUGUUUCUGUCUGUUUGUCUUGUUCCAAUGAUACUGUCUGGGUUUUGGUUUAUAUAUUUCCCUCUGAAAGUAUUGGAGUGCUAAGGAAAGUUCUGUUCUGUUGUUAUUCACAUUUGGGUUUGAGAUCAAAAAAUGACAAUACUGUAGACGUUGGAUCACAAUUUCUGCAUUCAAUUUCUGUUCAAUAUUUCCAUCUAGUUGUCUUUGGUGGCAGACCACCCAUUUUUUAUGUAAACAAAAAUAUAGAAAUAUAACCUCAAAGUAUAUAACAGUUAGUAUUUAAUUGCAUAUCCCUUGCUUGGCUCAACCCACUGACAUCACAUAUUGAUGUCGUUGAUGAUCUAUCGUCUGAUCUUUUGAUCACAUAUUGAAGUCAUUGAUCUAUUGUCUCAUAUUUUGAUCACAUUGAUGUCACUGAUGACCUGUCGUCUCAGCUUUUGAUCUUAAACCCAAAUGUCUUCAAGUAUAGCAAAAACAAAGAAUUGACCUUGCUGUUCCAAUACUUUCAGAUUUGGCUGUAUGUUAAGGUCAGGAUUCAUUGUGCAUAAAUAUAUGCAUACACGCAUAUACAAACACACUAAACAUACACAACAUUUAACUCAUCAGGUUUAGUUCACAUUGACGGAGGUGGUUUCAAGCUUGAAAGUAUCAUUAAACGUCUACCUCCAAUCUCACAUUUUUUAUGGUGCUCUAGGAAUAUCAACUUAAAAAGAACUACAUGUCUCUUCUGUGGUUUAAUUGCCUUAGAAACAUGGUUUGUGCUAGCAUCCAACAAGUGUCUAUAGAUGAAUGCCUUUUAUACUUUGAAAGGGAAUAUUUUUGUAUAAACAGAAAAAAGAAAAAAGUAUGUCCUUUUUAUACAGCCAUCUUGCCUAGAACAUUUUUGAUAUAUGCCUUGUGUACAAAUCCUUGAAUCUAUUUCUAAGAUCUUAACAAGAAAAGGGAGAAGUGUUUUAUGUUUUUAUACCUUAUUCCGUUUAAAACUUGUCCAAUGCAGUGAAUUAUUACCUGUACUGUUAAAUAUGAUUUACAAAUGAAUAGCAACUGCUAUAAAAUAAUAAUCAGAUCAAAAUCAAAUAAUAACCAAAGCACAGUCUACUUUUGGCAUGUGAUCCGUAAGCCCUGUCUGACUGCACAUGUGAUCAUUUGACAUUGAAAAAGUCCCCUUGACUAAAUAAAAUGUUUUCAGUUCAUUACUAAGAUUCACGCUUUGCCAUGGGUUGAAAUUAAGCUUUUUACACUACAAGCAGUUGUUCAAACUGCAUCAAUGACCCUGAUUAGAAAUGUAUUUUAUUCUGUUACAUUUUUUUCUUUUCUUUUUCCCAUCAAUUUUGACCCAUUUAUAUGAAAGGUAAAUGCGGUGUGAUCAGCUUUAUGGUGAACCGUUUUUACGCAAUAUGCGGAGAUGUUCAAGGCAUUUUUAUUCUAUUGUGAGUACAUUUUAGGUUUCUGUGUAUGUGUGCUCCUUUUUAUGAUAUCCCAUGUGUGCUGUGACUGUAUUUGCCACCCACAAUAACCCAAAUUAUAGCUGUCCAUGUCUGUGAAUGUUUUUAAUUUCUUCCAGUAUGUUUUAUGGAUGGAAUACCUCAUGUUGCAAACCAAGGAAUGUUUUAUUUUUUGUCUUGUGAACAGAAGGUUGAAGUCAUAUUCAAAAUCCAAAUCCUCCUCUUGUCUGUCUGUACCAUCCCGCAUAUUCUUCAGCCAUUUCACCUUCUUAUUUACCUCUGAAUAAACAACUGGGUGUUCAGUAAAA